AUGUCUACAUCAUUGACAAUCGGAAAGACCAAGCAAUUUGCUGAGUCAGCUCAAGAUGAUACCAAACUAUUAGUGCUUGAACAGAUAUUGAAGGAGUUGAGAGAAGUCUCUUCUCAUUUGAGAAAGCAAGAAACUCGCCUUAGUUCUGUAGAAAAUGGGCUACGCGAAAGAUCCAAGCUGGUGGAUGGAAAGCCUAUUAUAUGUGGCGGGAAUACCAUUCAGGUGUAUAGCAAUGACGGAAGAACGUCAAGAACUCAGAUUGUUGACAAGACUGACGAGAGUUCGAGUGGUAAUUCCACCGCAGUGCCACUGAAGCAUGGAAUUCAGGGAGCAAUAUCAUUACCAUUGGACGUCAUACAAAUCUACCACAAUGAUGCGAUUUUAUUUGAGAGAUUAGGAAGAAAAGGUGUAAUCGAAGACGAAGUUCCGCGAUUGGCCACAUCCUCAGAAAUUGCUCGCUGGAAAAGUGUUGUAGGAGACAUUUACAAGGUCCCCGAAGAUGGAAGACUCAGAUUAACAUUCUCAACACGAUGGCUAUUGAUGUUGGCAUCAUCUGAUGAUGCCCAGCAACAUCUUGACCGGAUAGCGCACGAUGAACAGCUAUGCAGAGGUCACACAACAAUCACUGACCUUUUUGAUAGUGGGCAGAUAAUACGAUAUUCCAUUGGUGUUCAGGACUCAAAUGCUGGGUCUCACAGUAAUCACUGUCUUAAUCCUACUUCCACACCAUGUCCUGUUGGAACUCCAAACUCCAAACCAUUGGUCGGUCCAUGGAGAAGAGUAAUCUCCAUAUCAUGUCCUGAGCUCAGGUCAACAACUCUUACUCAAGAACUCGUACGAAGAGAAGAUAAGGAUAUCAGAUCCCAGACUAUCCCGUGCGCCGUGAGAGGAAUUACCCCCAUGGAUCGUAUCAUUUUCCAUAUCAAGUAUUUUGAAAUACACAAUGUACAGCGGGAGGAAUAUAUUUGUAUGUCUUGGACAAAGUUAAAGUCAGGAAGGUUGCAUAGUGACAAAGACUUUUCGAGUGGAAUGUUUCGCAUUCUACUGGAAAGCUCGUACCGGCUUGUUGCACUGGCAGACAGAGGUUGUAACAGUAUUGGACCUUGUUGGAACAUAAGCCAUUGA